GCGGCGAUCAUAUCGGGAUCUACAAGGGACCUGCAGGGCUUGUGCUCGCAUUUCCUACACGAAAUGUACCACCUGCACUUGGUACUGCUGGCCAAUAAGCACCAACACGAUCAGCGCUUGCUACAACGAACCCAACUACAUCGCGACCACAUGGACCUUUUAGCCGCGCAGAAAGAGGACGAGACAGCGAUGCUGGUGUCUACAAAAAGAGCUGAGGUACAGAAGGUGCAGGAGCUGGUAGCCAUGUUACGGCAGGAGCAGGAAGCAGAUGUUGGAACAUUGCAGGCAGAGUGUCAGCAAGCGCAGCUUAAGCUGCAGGAGCUGAUGAAAACUUUACGUGCGUCUCAGAACGUCAUCAGCAAGAUGCAGUUUGAGCUCGCGAGCGCUGGGGUGAGCGAGAGCUCGGGUGCAGAGUCGCCCCUUGUGCUCAAUGAGCUGCUGAAACUGCGGCAGAGAGCGGCGCUCCUGAGAGCCGCUGCAGCGGCUGCUGAGGCGCAGAGCGAGACCGCCAUACGCACGGCCAAUGCCCGGGCUCGCGUAGCCACCGAAAGGCUCGAGCGUCUGUUGUCUGAGGGUCGCAGUCUGCUGAAAACUUGGUUCCUCUGCUGCCGUCUGCAGACGGAAAAAGAUCGGUUGUUGCCGUUCCUGCCAGCAGAUCCGCGGAUCGAGGCUUUGAGAAGGGAGGGUGUAACGUUAAAGGAAGUUUCGACCAUUGAAGAAACUCGUAUAAAAAGAACUCAAAAUACGCUACUUCCUUCCGUCUCACGUCGUGACGAACUCCACGUCCAGUCAGCGAUAAGCAAAAGCAGUGGAGCAUCUGACAGCGGUGUAGGUACUUCAGCGAUCAGCUCAACCAGAGGCGACUGGUCCCAUAGAGUCGGCACGUUGCCUGGGCUAGAGGAGAGUCCGUCUGUAAGUCGACUGCUGGCAGACGAGAGCGCAGCCAGAUCAGCUGCUGCAGAGAACCUGAAGCUCACGCGACCAACAGCCGCUCUGCAGGACUCCGCCAUAGCACAGGCGGAAGAUAUUCUUCGGAGGCACGAGAGUCUAGGGCGGAUGAACCGACUUCUCCAAGUUACCAAACUGGAGCGAACAAACUUACGCGAAGAGGAGAAACGUCUUCGGCAACAGUUGACUUCCUUGACGCAGGAGUUACGCGAGCGCAUCCACAACAUCGGUGCUUCUGACGCUGCUCUGGCCUCCGCCGCUCAGCCGCCUCUACUCGCUAAAAAAAUCGAACUUCACCUGGUAGAUUAGAAUUACUUCAAUCAAAUUAUCUUCCAAAGCAAUUUUCAUUUUUAAUUAUUUUGAAGCGCUCUUUUCAUAAUAAAUUAUUGUCCAUAAUAACGAUAUUUGCAGAAAAACAUGCGUUUGGAGGAACUAGUUAGGUGUCAUAUUAUACCAGUCGUCUUCUUUAAUACAAAUACUAUUA